GCUUUGCGCAUGUGUGGCCAGUUUGAAACUGCGUAGAGAGCUGGGUUCCGGGGGCUUGUGGAGGGACGGGCCAAUGGGUGAGGAGCACUGACAGCGCUUGCUUGCUGGUUCCCUCGUUUCUGCCGCCUCCCGCCUCAGGGGUGCUCCGGAGUCGCUGCCCAGCUGCUCCCACGGCGGCUCGGUCACUGCUGGGCUUCCUGGAGCCGGGGGCCUUUGAGGGCGUGGGCGGGGCCGGGCCGGAACAUGGCCGCGUCGGGACUGGAUCAUCUCAAGAAUGACUACAGGAGAAGAUUUUGUCGGCCUUCCAGGACACCUAACAUUAGUACAAAACAAGGCCAGAACAUACUGGAAAUUUUACAAGACUGUUUUGAAGAAAAAAGUCUUGCUGAUGAUUAUUGCACAAAUUCUACAAAGUCAGUGCUGUAUUCAACACCUAAAAAAGAAGACAUGUCUAUUCAGUCACCAAGCAAAGAGACUCAGUGCCAGAAAUCACAUCCAAAAUCAGUUCCAGUUUCUUCAAGGAAAAAAGAAGCCUCUCUGCAGUUCAUUGUAGAACCACGUGAAGCUAUUGACAAGUCAGUUCAAGCCCAUGAAGUUCGUCAGAAAGUUUUGGCAACUGAUGUUGGUUCUAAAAAUACACCUGACUCAAGAAAAAUGUCAAGUAAAAAACUCAAAGAUCAACACCCUGAAGCUGAUGAGGACUUUUACUUAUCUGUUGGCUCACCUUCCAUUCUUUUGGGUGCAAAAACAGCUACAUCGCAAAAUGCUAUUCCAUCUAUUGUCCAAAAGAGAGAGACCUAUGCUUUAGAAAAUUCAGUAAAUACUCUGUCUUCGAGUACAGAGAUUGCUCGUAAAACCAGAAAAAGGUUAAACUUUGAAGAUAAAGAUGUUUCAAAGAAAUUAGAAAUAGCGAGUAAAGUAGAAGUAGAGGAUAAAGUAUCAGAAGGACCACAAGAGAGGAAACAGUCAAGAACAUCUCAUAAAAGAGUACAAGAUUCAGAAUAUGACAUUCAACCAGAAUCUAAAAAGAGUUUUUCAACAUUGUUUUUAGAAACUGUAAAAAGAAAAAGUGAGUCCAGUUCUAUUGUUAGGCAUAUAGCAACUGCUCCACUUCAUUCGUCUCCUGUAAAUGAUAUGAAGUUGUUAGAGGAUGAAUUUAUAAUUGAUGAAUCAGACAGAAGUUUUGCCAGUCAGUCUUGGCUUAUCAUGCCAAGAAAUGCUGGGUCUUUGAAACAACGCACAGUGUCCCCUCCUGAGAGCACUGCACUCCUUCAAAAGAAGAAGUCAAGAGAAAAUCACAAUAUAUUGCCUACAACUUUGACAAGUGACAAACACUCUGGCAAAGCUUACCCAGUAGAGAAAUCUCAACCCUCUGAACAAAAAAAACUGAGUAGGAGUUUUGCUUUAUCAGAUGAAAUGGAAAAUAAUUGCAGAUCUACAAAAUAUGAAAUGUAUUCUGAGAAUGCAGAAAAGUCUUCCAGAAACAAAAGGACUAUAAAACAAAAACAGAAAAGAAAAUUUAAGGCCCCUAUAGUUGAUAAACAGGUUGAUACAGAACAAUCUAAAGGUAAAAAUAGAAAUAUAUCACCCAUCAUCCAAGACAACUUACAAAGAAAUUCAAACAAAAAUACAGAACAGUGCAAAGAGAUGGGAAAUGUUCGUAGUUCCAAAAAACAGAUGCCACCUGUGGGAGGCAAGAAAAGUAGCAUUAAUAUUCCUCAUGCAGAGAAUUUGAAAAGAAAUAGUAAUCGUAACAAGAAGCGUUUUUCAAAUGAGUCCAAGAACAACAAACUUGUUACACUUGAAGAAGUGACUUUAACUGUUACAAGAAGUCGAAGAAUUUCCAGGAAUCCAUCUAAUUGGUGGGUGGUAAAAUCAGAGCAGAGUCCUGUUGAUAACAAUUCUUUCAGAAGAAAUGAAUUAUCAUUGAAUCAAAACAGUAGACAAAAACCUGCUGAGAAAACAAAUCAGUCAUCUAAGAACAUUAGGGGAAAAAAUGUGCCUUUAAAGGGGCAGAAGAGAACUACUCCACGCAGCUCAAGAGCACGCAAGUCUUUAAACACUAAUGAUUCUGAAGGAAUUAUUGACCAUGAUGAAAUUUCCGGUUCCCAGAAUGAGUCUUUGGAAAAGGAUGAAGCAGACCUGGCUAAAAAGAAGAAUCUUGAUCAUCCUGGAGUUACGGGAAGUCCAAAGGAUCAAGAUAGUAUUUUGAACUCUCAGAUCCCUGGAUAUACAUGCAAGACACCAGCAGAUUCUAACUUGGAUUCUGGAGAGCCUGAGACUUCAGUUUUGGAAGAAAGUGGACCUUCCAGGCUCAAGAAUUAUUUAAUGUCUGGAAAGAAUAAUUCUGAUGUGGAUGAUAAGGAAGUUGAGGAAAGUUCAGGUGACUCAAGAGUAAAAAAAUCCAAAGUAACACCAGAGAACAAAAUUCAUCACAAAUUAGUAUUGCCCUCCAACACACCAAAUGUUCGCAGAACCAAGAGAAUAAGGUUGAAACCUUUGGAAUACUGGCGAGGGGAGCGAAUAGAUUAUCAAGGAAGGCCAUCAGGAGGAUUUGUGAUUGGUGGAAUACUGUCCCCAGACACAGUAUCAUCUAAAAGAAAGGCAAAAGAAAACAUGGGAAAAGUCAACAAAGUUGUUCAUAGGAAAAGGAUCUGUCUUGAUAAUGAUCAAAGAAAGAAUAAAUUAGUGGUAAAUCUGAAUGUACCUCUAGGAGAUCCUUUGAAGCCAACGAGGGUAAAGGACCCAGACACAAGAGAGAUUAUUCUCAUGGAUCUUAUAAGGCCACGAGAUACAUAUCAAUUUUUUGUUGAGCAUGGUGAUUUGAAAGUAUAUAAAACACUGGAUACACCCUUUUUUUCUACUGGAAAAUUGGUAUUAGGACCACAUCAAGAAAAAGGAAAGCAGCAUGUUGGCCUAGAUACAUUGGUUUUUUAUGUUGACUUUGGUGACCUUUUAUGUACCUUACAUGAAACAUCAUAUAUAAUAACAACUGGGGAUUCAUUCUAUAUUCCUUCAGGUAAUUAUUACAACAUCAAAAAUCUCCUGAAUGAGGAAAGUGUUCUUCUUUUUACUCAGAUAAAAAGAUGAAAGAUGAAGCAAAGUUUAAAUAUUCAUGUGUGUGUGUGUGUGUGUGUCUACAUAUAUAUACAUAUGUGUAUAUAUAUAUACACACAUAUAUAACAGUUUGUGCAGUUGAGACACUUAUCUUCAUAAUUAUUUGUGAUGUUUUAAAAUAAAAAUUUUAUUCAGUUUUUGUGUACUUGUAUAUGAUAAACAUUUCAAUCUCCUGAAUCUUCUAAUUUUUCCACAAGUAUACACCUAGCCUGGAGUGAUGUCCAUAUUCAUAGUGUUUUAAUAACAUGAAAAGAAUACCAAAAUCACUGCUCCCACAGUGAAAUAUAGGAUAUUUCUUUGUCAAAAGAGAUCUGAUUAAUAUGUCCAUUCAUUUAAAAGUCUUUUCCAAAUGGUAGUUUUAAGCCACUGAUCAAAAUAGUGCAGUAGUGGAGGACUGUGGUAAAUGAUGCAUUUUUAUUAUUUUACUAGGAAUGUUUUAACAAAAAUAGUACAAACUGGGUGGCUUAAAAGAACCAAAAUUUGUUGCUUCACAGUUCUGGAGGAAGAAGUCCGAAUUCAAAGUUUGGCAGGGCCAUGCUCCCUCUGAAACCUGUAGGGGUUUCACAUUAAUACUUAUGCUUAGAACCUAUAUUUCUAUUAAAGUCAGUAUGGAAGAUUACAAAAUAACUCAGGCUUCUUAAUGUUAUCAGAUGUACUAAAAAUAUGUAAAAAACUAAAGAGACUUAGAGGAGAAAAUAAAUUUCAGAAACAAAUUUUUAGCAGCUAUUCCUAAGGUUAUUUUAAGUAACUUCAUAUUAACCCAAAAAUCUUAAUUCCAUUUGUCAGAAUUAUAAUUCAACAGUGUGCUUUAAAUUUUGCUUCUCUUAAAAAAAAUCAAAUGUAUUACUUUUCAUGUGAAGCUUGCUUAGGACACUGUCUACUAUAUUUCUCAGUGUCUCUAUAAGAAGUUUCAGAGUUUGGUACAUGAAUAAAUUUUUUAUCACGAAAGGAACAGGUAUACUUGCUUAUUUUUAUUUUUAUUUUUAAAUUUAAAAUUUUAUUUUUAUUUUUUAUUAUUUUUAUUUUGGUAUCAUUAAUAUGCAAUUACAUGAGCAACAUUGUGGUUACUAGAUUCCAUCCAUUAUCAACUCUCCACCGCAUACCCCAGUACAGUCACUGUCCAUCAGCAUAGUAAGAUGCUAUAGAAUCACUAUUUGUCUUUGUGCUAUAACUGUGUACCCCGUGGGGCAUUACGGUAUGCUUGCUUUUUGAAGUCAGUCUAGACUUCUGUGAUUGGAUGUGUUUCCAUCUUUACCUAGACUGACUAUAAUGUUGCUGUGUUAUCUUCAACAUUUUGUUGACAUAAUUUACAUAUAGUCAAAUGCAUAUAGAUCUUAAGUACAGUUCAAUGAGUUUUUGACAAGUAUAUCUUAGACCUAAAUAAUCCACCAAAUUUCUGUCACUCCUGGAAGUUCCUUCCUAUUCUGUCAUUUAUUGCUAACCCCGCUUCCACUCCUUGAGCUACUAUUCUGUGUAUCACUUGAGAUAGGUUUUACUGUUCUAGAACUUUAUAUGAAAAAAAACUUUCAUUCAGAGCAGUGUUUAACAUUAACUCACAAUGAUACGUGUAUCAGUUGUUCAUUCAUGUUUUGUUGCUGACUGGUAUUCCACAUGAACAGACGUCUAGACCGCUGUACUUCUUGAUGGACAUUUGGGUUAUUCACUGUCUUUGAGCUAUUGUGAAUAAAGCAGCGAGGGAUAUUCUUGUCAGGUUUUUUAAUGGAGAUAUGUUUUCAUUUCUGUUAGCUUGAUACCUAUAAUGAAAUUGCUAGGUUAACAUGUAUAUGUAUGGUUAAUGUUACAGGAGAUUGCCAAACACUUUUCCAAAGUGAUUGCAUCAUUUUACACUCCCACCAGCAAAUUACAGGAAUUGCAGUUGCGUUGUAUCUUUGCUAACAUUGGUGUUAUCAGUCUUUAAUUUUAGCCAUUCCAGUGGGUUUGAAAUGCUACCUCUUUAUGGAGAUAAAUUUUUUUGAUGAGGUAUUAGUGUUUUAGUUUGUUUUAUGAGAUCUCCUGCCCCAAAGUCACAGAUAAUUUCCUUUAUUUCAUUUUAGAAGCUUUAUGGCUUUAGCUUAUGUUGAUGGUCCAUCUCAAAUUAGUUUUUUUUUUUUUUGGUAUAGUGUCAAGUUGGGGUUGAGAUCAUAUAUAUAGAGUUUUGGUAAUUUUGAUUUUUGAAGAAUUUGUUUAAAUCUAAAUUUUCAACUUGAAUUGCAUAUGGAUAGCCAGUUAUCUUUGUUGAAAGACUCUUUUCAUAUGCUGUGAGUCUUUAAUUUUGUUAAAGAUUUCAAGAUUGUUUUGGCUGUUAACAGGUCCUUUGCAUUUGCAUAUAAAUUUUAAGAUUAGUUUUUCAGUAUUUACUAUAAAGCCUUCUGGGAUAUUGAUUAGGAUUGCACUGACUUUUUAAUUUGGGAAGAAUUGUCAGUAUUAAAUACUCUUCAGUGAAUGUGUAUAUCUCUCUAUUUAGGUCUUAAAUUUCUCUUGAUCUUAUUUUACAGUUUCAAAAUAGAGAUGUUGCUCAUCUUCUGUUUGACUUAACUGCCCAAUAUUGCAUGUGUUUUGAUGCUAUGGUAAAUUAUGCUUAUAAUUUUAUUUUUUCAAACUUUGCCAGUAUAUAGAUGUAUAACUCAUUUUUAUAUAUUCAGCUUAUUUUCUGUGACCUUGCUAAAAUCAGUCAUUAGUUUUCUUUUUUUAAGAUUGCUUAGGAUUUUCUAUGAAUGUAUUUUCUAUGUACUGUCACAUCUGUGAAUAAAGACAUUUUGAUUGUUUCCUUUCAA